AUGUCUACUCUCUUCCUCCCUCGCCAGCUCCCUCGCAAACUCCUCAUCCGCCUCCGUCCUCAAUCUCUCCAUUUCCACCGCCAACUCCUCAAUCUCCUUUUCCAGCCCGAUCGCCGCCUUUUCGUCCUCCGCCUUGGGGAAUCCCGGACCAGAGAUCUUUUCUUGAAGGCUCAAUAG